GAAAUCUCCAGUUUGCUCCAUCAGCUUUCCGCAGCCAUGAUACAACUAUUGGGAACGGGAAUAUCAGUCCUACCCUGUCAGUAACGUGUAUCUCGUGUCCACCUUUGUCCGAAGACCCGACCCGACGCCUCGAGCUAUGAGACUCCAUCGAACCACAAACUCCCCCAAAACUCCAUAUUGCUUCCACCUAAGCAGGCCUCCCUCGGCGGGUUGAUCGCUUGCAAACAACUGACGCCCUUGAGGCUUGCAGAGCGAUGGCUGCCCCUCCCACCACCGACUUGUCGCUGGACGCCGACUCCCGACUCGUCAACAUCUCCUGCUUCGACCUCCUGAUCAUCGAGCUGGUCCCGCUGGCCGAGCGCAUGGCCCGGGCCUACGAGGCGUCUCUCGACCGUCCCACACCCUCCCCCACGAGCUCGACGACUGCGAAACGGACAUCCAAGGGUCCCCCGCCCACGGCCAGUGCCACCAGCGCAAGCACGACCACCACCACCGCUGCCUCGAACUCGGCACCAAGCAUCACGGUCACGGGCGCUAACGCUACGGCCGCCGCAUCCUCGCAGCCCUCGAACAAUGCCCUCCUCGCCGCAGACGGACUGCCUACGACCACCAUCUUCGCUGACUCCGUCUACGUCCGGCUCGAACGCCUGGGUUUCCGCGUCGGGGAAGGCCUCAGUGAACGAAUCUCGCGGGACAGGCCGCGCUUCAACCAGGCCGGGCUCAACGGGGCCAAUGUGGGAAACGUGAAUGAUCACCACCUGGAUGUGAUCAAGUUUCUCUGCAAGGAUAUCUGGGGUGUAGUGUGGAGGAAGCAGGUUGAUAACCUGAAGACGAAUCACCGGGGCGUCUUCGUUCUUACAGACAACAAAUUCCGCCCACUCACGCGCAUGUCCAUGGCCAACCAUGCCGAAGCCCUACAACGAGCGCGACCUUACCUUUUCUUCCCCUGCGGGAUCAUUCGCGGCGUCCUGAGCAGCUUGGGAAUCAAAGCCACUGUACAGGCCGAGACAAUAGAACUGCCUGGUGCGGUUUUCCAGAUUACAACGGUGCAGCCUCAAAUAAGGCCGUGACCGAAAACAUACGGCACGAGUGGGCAUGUUUCGAUGAAGGGCUCUGAGUCUACGUGGAUGGUGUCCAUUGCUAAGUUGAUGCAUGGGCAUGUCCUGCACAAACCCUCCAGAAUUGGUAGUCAGAAACGACAGACACGGCUGCUGUUUUGAAACGCAGAGAGGUGGUUGUACGGAGCGUGAAGAGUAGGAAUAAGUGAUUUUGUCUACGCGAUCUCCAAGCUGCAACAAGGAUGCAGCCUGAAAAGCUAUGUCAUGGCGAGGACAGCCGUCUUGGUUUUCUCGAGACAUGCUUUUCAUAACCUGCUCCGAUGGCUCCAUGUCAGUCUCCGUGGCCCGGCUCACUUUUUCGCGCUCGCAACAAUGUCCAACGACCGAACAACUGCGUGGCAGGCAGGCAGGCUCGUUCUGGGGAAUUAGAAGUCGCUCACAUCCUACCUACAAAACAGUCAGGUAAUGUUACAAAGAAAGAGAAGAUCAAGCCUACUUGGGUGGGUUCUUCACGAAACUGAUACCAGUCUCGAUGUUGGUCUUGAGACCUUUGAUCGCUUCCUCAAGGUGCUUCUUCUCAUAGUCAUUGGCGCUUCCGAGGAUGUCGAUUGCUUUCUCUGCGCCGUCGGGCUAUCACAAGUGUCAGUAGGAAGCAAGGAAGAGAGAUAAUAAGGAAAGGAACUUACUCCGAGUUCUACAGGAACGGAGAAGUAUUCACAGCCAGUUGCCUUGGCAAUUGCAUCACCACCAGGGACACCAGGGAGAUAGACGAACGUUGGCUCAAUGAUGCCCUUUUCACCCUUGGCUGCCUUGAUCAGGGCUUCGGCGAACCUGAAACCGGCAUAUGCCAUGGACAGAGUUGCGGACCCAGCACCAUCCUUGGCCUUGACAACCUCGUCACCACCGAAUUGGACACGGUGCACCAAAGCAUCCAGUUUGUCUGAUGGGAUGUUGACGGGAGGCUUGGCUUGGCUGAACAGCGGCACAAUGGUGUUGCCAGAGUGACCGCCAAUGACAGGGAUAAUCAGCUUUCUUGGGUCUUUCUCACCAAUGAUUUCUCCCACGAAGGUCUGAGCACGGACGACGUCGAGAGUGGUGACACCAAACAGCCUCCGAGGGUCGAAGACACCAGCUGCCUUCAGAACUUCGGCGGCGAUUGGGACGGUGGAGUUGACGGGGUUUGAGAUGACACAGAUGUAUGCCUUGGGGCAGUAUUUGGCGCAGGCUUCAAUGAGGCCCUUGACAAUUCCUGCGUUGAUCUUGAACAGGUCGUCCCGAGUCAUGCCAGGCUUGCCUGAGAACCUUGAUCAGUCGCAGCAAAUCUUCAGGGUGACUGGGAUACCUACGAGGGACACCGGCGGGGAUGAUGACAAUGUCUGCGCCUGUCAAAGCCGCCUUUUUUGCUUCUUCUGUCUCUGGUUUCUCUCCCUUGAAGUCACCUGGAGCUGCGACGUAGCCGCCAAUGCUCUGUGCAGGUUAGACUCGUGGCAUGCUGAGAUUGGUCAGGAGGAUUGCAGCACACGUACAGCGACAGAGGAGAUGUGUGAGAGAUCGGCUGCGACACCGGGGGUGUUGACCACAUCGAACAGUGCGAGUUCGUCGAUGACGGGAGAGAUCUUGCAAAGAAGAGACAAUGGCUGGCAACAAGUUAGACUGGACUCAAUCUGCUGUAGCCCUGUGGAAGAGACACUCAUACCUGACCAAUGCCGCCAGAGGCACCGAGCACGACAGCUUUGACCAUGUUGAGAGUUGGGUGGGGGAUUGAACUGCAACGAUAGGGUUAGAUUUCUGCUUCUCUAUAGACUAGAGCCUCGCACUGACCUUAAGAACUUGGGCGAAUCAAGGUGACAGAUAUGUGCAAAGUGCUCGAGGUUCUGCGAACUGGUGUCUGUGAGAAGAUUGAGAGGUUUAAGAAAUAGUUGGGGCGG